UAGCAUGGUAGGACGUGUGCUAUAGGCCUAAUUUUUUAUACUAAAUUCCAUUGUGAUAUUAGUUUAUUUGUUUAAGAUGAUAGUCUUAGUUAUAUAUAUGUUGGUGGUGGUUAGGCAAAGUGCAGCUGUUAUAUAUAGUGUUAAUGAGAGCGAGUACCGCCGCAUGCCGGCCUUGUUCGCGAUGGACGACUACGAUGAGUGCAUGCUGCAACCCGAGGGGACGUACUGCGUGGCGGACUAUGACCUCGGCGCCAGAGGGCCAUCGGACCUCAUGCGCUUUAUACGAGAAUAUUCGGAUUACAAAAUCAAACAUUUCAACCAUACACAAAUACACAGAGCUACCUGCGUCACUAACACAUGUAAAGAUUACUUUGAUACAUUAAAUACAACGACGGCCAUAGAGAAGGUCCUCGGGGAAUGCAUCAAUGAAAGCAUAUGGAGAAGCUAUAAGCUUGAAGCAAGUUUAUCUCAACUUCAGUACUGCAAAAGAGCCAAUGAAAGAACUAUUUUGGAUACAAGCGAUUUCAUAGUAGCGGCUGUUUACGUUAUUCUAAUCAUGAUGAACGUGAUUGGAAGCUUUUACGACAUCAUAUUAUGUGAAAAAGAUAGUAAAGCAGGAAAUCAGUACUUGCUCGCAUUUUCAAUAAGGCGCAACUGGUCCAAACUAAUGGCUCCGGGGGGAAGUGGACCGGACUCCAGAAUGGAAAGACUGAAAAUAUUUAAUGGGUUAAGAGCGCUGACGAUAUGCUGCGUAAUAUUUUCGCACUGUGCACUCCUUUUGUCAUAUGCUUACAUCGCGAAUCCGCUUUACAUAGAAAAGGCAUAUGAUGACUUGUCCAGACAGAUCCUAUUGAAUGGAAAUUUGGUAACUCACACAUUCUUCAUAAUGUCCAGCUUUCUUUUGGCGUACAACUUACAGAUACAGUCUGAAAAAACACCGAUCACUUGGAAGCAGAUACCCAAAGGUAUUCUGUUGAGAUGGAUAAGAUUAACUCCACCCUACGCCUUAAUCUUGGCCACAAUCAGUACAUUGAUGCGUCACAUUGGCAGUGGCCCCCUGUGGGACCUGGUCGUGGUCAGUGAGUCCAACUACUGCCGCCAGUACUGGUGGGCUAAUAUCUUCUUCUUCAACAAUUACAUCUAUAAGGACAACGUCUGUUUCCCUCAAGGAUGGUACCUCGCUGCAGACACACAGCUGUUCUGCGUGGGGCUGAUAUUCAUGGUGCUGGUUCAAAAGCCUCAGCAUCGGAAGGUGGCUCUGGUUCUCCUGUUCCUCGCUUCCCUGUUCAUCAAUGCUGCGCACACCUACUUCCAGGACUUGGAUGCUACUGUUAUACAGUCACCAGAGACCUACCGCAGUUUGUACGUUCAUCUAGAAACUUACCGACUAGUUUACAUCAGAGGGCAUACAAAUCUGUCGACAUACACGCUGGGCCUCGCCGGAGGACUCCUCUGUUAUCAGUGGCAGACUACUGAGAAGGAUUUUACGAAAUACAAGAAGUAUCGCUGGAUCGUCUGGCUGCUGUUUCCCAUCGACGUGGCGGUCAUCCUGUCAGGCGGCAUCUUCUACAUCGACGGCGUAGCGCCCACCAUGCUGCUGCGAGUGCUGUACGCGACGUUUUGCAAGCCUUUCUUUCAACUCCUCGUGCUCUUGUUCAUCAUCAGCAACAUUUUCAAAAUUGAAACGGUAUACCGCGGCAUAAUAGAGUGGCGGGGCUUCACCUGGGCUGGCCGGGUGUCCUACAGCGCCUUCCUACUGCACAGUUUGUUCCAGCGAGGCGUCUCCGGGAUUCUGACUGCGCCCCUUUAUAUGUCUGACUAUUUUGUGGGCAUAGUGCUGUUUGCAUCAGUCUUCCUAUCGUUCGCAUUGGGGGCCGUGCUGUGGCUGCUGGUGGAGGCGCCCAUCUGGGGACUGACGCGUGCCUUCUUGUCUCCAAGACCGACUAAGACGGAAUACAGCCGCUUGCCGCCGAUCUACCACGUAGACAACUACACCGAAUGCCUGCGGCGACCUGAUGAUGUAUACUGUACAGUCAACUUCGACCUGGUGUCUGAUGAACGAAGCGAACUCCUCGAAUUGAUUCAGGAGUAUUCAGAAAGAAGAGUAACCCAUUUCAACCACUCAAAAAUACGACACAGCGUCUGUGUAACUCACAAUUGUCAGCCGUAUAUACGAAAUAAAACUGCGGUGACAGCGGAGCUCCUCGAGGGAUGCCUGAACGAUACUUUUUGGAAGGACUACAAUCUGAAGACGAAAGUGGAAAACCAUUACUGCCACACCCUUUCUGACAAUAAUUUAGAAGUAGAUGCUAGUGAUAUAGUAGUAGCAUUAGUGCUACUUGCAAUACUUCUGCUAAACAUAAUCGGUAGCAUAAAUGACAUGAAAUGUACGUCAAAAAGUAAAGAAGAAAGAAGCCUAUUGUCAUGUUUUUCCGUUAGCAAAAAUUGGAAGAAUCUUAUAAAACACACAGAGCAUAAAGAUCCACGCUUACAAAGACUAAAAGGAAUCAAUUUCUGGAGGUGCAUCAUAUUGGUGGGUGUUAUCAUGGUCCACUGCAUGUGGCCCUUCCUCAUAGCUCUGAACAACCCCUACGCUGUCGAAAUGAACUUCUACGAUUUGUCUCAGCACAUCAUAAUCAGUGGCUCGAUAGCCCUGCAGGCGUACCUGGUGAUAUCGGGCUUCCUGCUAGCCUACAAGAUGGAGCUGCACUCGGAGCAGAAACGGCUCAACUGGCGCAUGGUGCCCAAGGGACUCCUCAUGAGAUAUUUAAGACUGACGCCAGUGUAUGCGGCGACAAUAGCUGUGAUGGCCACGUGGAUCAAAUUCGCCGGAGCUGGGCCUUUUUGGGAAGUAUCAGGAGGUGUAGAGAGAUCUCAUUGCCGAAGUCGCUGGUGGGCGAGCCUUCUCUACAUUAACAAUUACUUUUACAAUGCUCAGUGCGUCGUCGUGGGAUGGUACUUGGGAGUGGACAUGCAAAUGUUCGUGCUCGGCAUCAUCACGUGCGUGGCCUUGAGGAAUCGGAGGCAUCGAGCUGCAAUCCUGGCAACGCUCUUCAUCCUCGGCAUAACCAUACUAGGAGUUCACAUCUACGUGCGAGACUUAUACCCGAUUUUGAUUAUGGAACCCCAUGAAACCCGUUCACUAUUCGAGAGCGAUCCCAAUUUCAACGAGGUGUACAAAAUGGGCCACACCAACAUCGUGAGCUACGUCGUGGGCAUGGCGCUAGGGUACCUCGUGUACAGGCUCCAGCAGCUUGACAUUGACAUCAACAAGUAUAAAAAGUACCGAUUCAUCUACUGGGCCCUCCUGCCAAUGCUCGUCGUCAUCAUAUUAUCGGGCCGCAUGUUCUACAGAGAUGGCCCUAAAGAACCGAUCUACGUGCGAGUGAUCUACGGUGUUCUAGUUAAACCAAUAUUCGCCCUCUCCGUAGCAGGCAUCCUUUGUGGAACUAUAUUUAAAUUGGAUAAUGUAUACAGAAGAGUGUUUGAGUGGAAGAUCUGGACGAUACCGGCUCGGCUGAGCUACUGCGUGUACAUCAUCCACCUGCCCUUCCUCAGAUUAUUCCUCUCGUUGAGGACCACUCUAUUGACCCUCUCGUCAUUAAAUCAGUUGUUGUUGCUGUUCGGUGUUACCGCCAUCUCGUUCAUCGCCGCAGUGCCGCUGUGGCUGCUGGUGGAGGCGCCGUUCGUCGAGCUCACCAAGUACUGGAGCUCACGACAGUCGACAGAGGCGGCGGAGAAACCUGUUGACUACACUAACGGCACUCAAGAGAAAAUAGAAAUGAAUACUAAUUUAUAA